UCCACACUGCCUUCGUCGACACUAUGGCUUCUUAAACGCCUGCCUAUCGCUAAUCUCUUUGAAGAAAUGCUCAUUAAUACGCACUGUACGAUCUGAACUCACUACACCAGCGCGGACCAUACCAUUCAUCGUCGGCCUCUUCAUAUCCACCAAGCUUGCCAUUUCGACCACGCACUCAGCCGGAGUUAUAUUGAAUCAUGACGGAGAGAACACAACCUGCUUCGGCCCAAGGCGGCAGUGGUCUCAGUCUGCUGUCCUUGUCCAUCGUUGCGGCCAAUGCUUCUCCUAUACCCGUAUCUCACGAUGAUUCCCCACCGGAAAGUGUUGUUGAGAACUCUUUUCACGACUCUGGCCUCUACGAGUCUGGUGCAGGGAGUGUGCCACGCAGUAUCAGUAAUGGACCCGCAGUGCAACAUGCACUCAAGUCGCGUCGUUUAUCUUCUACUGGACAGAUGAAGAGAAGAAUGAGUGACGCCAGAGAUGCUGCUUCUCGCCCCUCGCCGAUGGGACUGCAGAACGCGGCAUCAGCUUUGACGGCACUCGCAAAUCUGUCCCUGUCUACAUCUUCAGGUGUCCAAGGAGGAGCAUUCUCAGCGACGUCGACCUCUUUCGCAUCGGCAUCAGCCGCGCUAUCCUCCCCCGUGCCCAUCAAGGCCGCUUCGAACACCACGGUCCAGAUUUCGACGAGACCUUCCAAGGCGGAAGAGGCGGCCCAAUCUCUUCCCUCGGACCUGACGGUUCCCGACGCGCAGGCCGGUAGCGUGGACUCCAAGGCCAAUGCUGGAAAUGGCACGACGAAGAACGGUAAGAAGAGAGGAAUGAUCUUUACGUGCGAGAGUUGCUCCAAGGUCUAUCGUCACCCGUCUUGCCUGAUCAAGCAUAGAUGGGAGCAUUCUCCGCACUGGCGAGAGGCGUCCAAGUUUCUGUUGAGCAAGCAUCAGCAGGUCCAGUUGAUGGAGGCAGCGGCGAUACUAUCGCAUCUUUCUCCGACUACAUCAGGAGGAUCCUCGCUACCGGAUGAUCGCUCUCUCUGGCCGUCCUACCUUUCCGGCGGACUUCUUCCGCCACCCUCCGACGCUACGACCUCGGCGACUUCGACCACCAGAGCCCCCUUAAACGCUUCGAUUUCUGCUCCCGCUCAUCCUAUAUCGAGCUCGGUUCCAGCCACCUCCAAUAUAUCGUCGACUUCCUCGUCCCGCGCCACGUCUACCGGCCCUCGCCUCCAUGAUUAUUCUAUCCCUUCCACCGCGAGCGGUGCUGGUGGUAUAACACAGCUCCGUCCAGGUGUGUUAGGUGUGGCCACGAAGAGCGAGAGCAGUUCCGGUUCGACCACGAGGCUUGGUUUCUCAGGAUCUGGCCCAACGCGCGUCAUGUCCCCCUACGCGCAUGAAACGGUCACCAGCAGUUCUGCGCCAGUUGCCGUACCGAACAUUCAUGGCCGCGUACAUGUCAAUGGCUCUCCUGCGCCUGAAUCCUGGGGUUCCAUUUCGGCUGCAUCGUAUCGCCAGCCUUAUUAUCCCUCUCCGGGCUCAUAUUCCUACUCGUCGUCCAUCGCUGCCCCUCCUGCGCACCCAUCUUCCCUCGCGCAGUCAUUCACGAGGUCAGAGGGCACAGGUGCUUGGUCCGUCUCUGGCAGUUCCAGGUCUCCUUCCAUCCCACCGUCUGUGGAUAUGGAUGAAGAUAUCGAUAUUGAUGUCGACGGUGAUGGCGAUGUCGAACUGGGAGGAGGUGGUCUCAGUGGGUAUGGGUUCAGUUCUAGGACGAGGGCGGCUAGGACGAGUUUGAUGAGGUAUGAUGGAUUUAGCGUGAAAGAGGAGGAAGAGGACGAGAUGGAGUUUGAUGAUAGAGGGAAGGCGGCGGAGGAGGAAGAUUGGGAUGGGAUGGAGAUGGAGAUGGAGCUUUAACUCUUUGAUCCUUGGCUUCGUCAGAUGUCUCAGUGUUCGUCAUUUUGGCCGAACCCUGGUGAGUAGGUGAGCGAUGUGGAAGAACGAUCGCAGCGAAACAAUCAACAAGUGUACGUAUGUUUACCCUCUCUUUCUUGUUCUCCUUCUCUAUGUUUCUAUAUUUUCUUGUUUUCUCGUCAAUUUAUGAAGGAUGUCAAAUGUAAGACGCACCCUGGGACUUUCUCGUUUCAAGUUACUCCAACCUUCGACAUCUUUUUCCUUUCUCCUGUCUCUACUUCCUACUCUUCUUUCUUUCAACGAUACUCAGUCAAACUCACGCGUACUUGUACUAUUUUUAACCCACCCCAACCACUCCCCUCCACACCACAUAUCCUCACCUCGCUACCCCCUGCCUCCCCCUCUCG